CAAAAUUUCAGACAAAACCCCCCAAAAAAUAAACCCCAAUUUCACUCACAUACUCAUCUUCUCCUCUCUUUCUCUCUCUGCAACAUACAAACCUCACUAAACUCUUUCUCUCUCCACCUGAAAAACACACACUCUCUCUCUUUCUCUCUCCUCCAUGGGUAAACCUCGAGCUUCCAAACGCACCCUUGACACAUUUACCAUUAAACCCCUCAACAAAAUCAUCAAACCCGGAGACUGUGUGCUGAUGAGGCCGGCAGAAGCGUCGAACCCGUCCUACGUGGCGCGUAUAGAGAGGAUAGAGACAGACGCACGUGGGAUAAACGUGCGUGUGCACGUGCGGUGGUAUUAUAGACCAGAAGAAUCAAUUGGAGGAAGAAGACAGUUUCAUGGUUCAAAAGAGUUGUUUUUGUCUGAUCAUUUUGAUGUUCAAAGUGCUGAUACUAUUGAAGGGAAAUGUUUGGUUCAUAGUUUUAAGAGUUAUACUAAACUUGAUGCUGUUGGAAACGACGACUUCUUUUGUCGUUUUGAGUAUAACUCUUCUACUGGUGCUUUUAAUCCUGAUCGUGUUGCAGUGUAUUGCAAGUGUGAGAUGCCAUACAAUCCGGAUGAUUUGAUGGUCCAGUGUGAAGGAUGCAGUGAUUGGUUUCAUCCUGCUUGUAUAGAAAUGACGGCAGAAGAAGCUAAAAGACUUGAUCACUUCUUCUGCCAAAAUUGUUCCUCUGACGAUCCAAAGAAGUUGCAGAACUCACAUGCUGCCUCUAGACAUUCUGAUACAAAGGUGGACACAAAACGGCGUAGAAGAGGAUGUAUAGCGAUGGGAGUGAGAUCAUGAGUUAGGUGUAUAUUUAUUUUCUUUCUGAUGGACCUCGGUAGCCAUCAAGCAAACAGAGGUUUUAAAAGUUGCCAGUUUCUUAUAGAGGGAUUGCAGCUUAAACGUGAAAACUUAGAUAAGUAGCGCCUUGUUUCUUUUGAAGGCCGAGGAUGUCUUCCUGUAACACCAUAAA